AUGGAUUUCAGAGUGAUGGGUUUAGAGUCUCCCUUGUUCCACACGCUGCACCGCAUGAUGGACAUGUCGGAGGAUGGUGCAGGGGACAAGACACACAAUGCUCCGACACGGUCAUACGUGCGAGACGCGAAUGCCAUGGCUGCAACACCUGCGGAUGUGAAGGAAUAUCCUAAUUCCUAUGUGUUCGAGAUCGAUAUGCCAGGUUUGAAAUCAGGUGACAUAAAGGUUCAGAUAGAAGAUGACAACGUUCUUGUGAUUAGUGGGGAGAGGAAGAGGGAAGAAGAGAAAGAAGGAGGAAAAUAUCUCAGAAUGGAAAGAAGGGUUGGUAAAUUCAUGCGCAAAUUUGUGUUACCAGAAAAUACAAACACUGAUGCAAUUUCUGCGGUGUGUCAAGAUGGGGUUCUUAGUGUUACCGUGCAUAAAUUGCCUCCUCCUGAACCUAAGAAGCCGAAGACUAUUCAGGUCAAG